UCAAAACAUGACGCCCGCAAAAGAAGCUGCAGCGAUAUUAAAAAGAUUAAGGGAAAAGAAAGAAGAAAUUCUGGAGAGAGUUGUAAGGGAGGAAGAAAGAAUCACGGCGGAAAGUUUGAAGGAAUGGAAAGCAAAAUCUGCGAGGACAGAAGAAAUUGCGGCGAGGACAAAACAAGAGGAGGAAUGGAAAACGAACCGGAUAAAAGAAAAUUCGUCGAUGAGAUUAGUUUUAUAUAGUUAUAAUGGCAGAGUGAAUCGUGUAGUGAAAUUGGAGGAGUUUGAGGUGGAUGAGCUAUGUGUGGUGGAAUCUCUAAAGAUCCGUGAGUUGGUUUUGGAAGAUCAAUCACGUGUACUUUAUACAGACAUCGACAGCCGAGUGCUACAACAAGUUAUGGACUUCUGUAAGGAACGUGCGACGGUCAAGUGUAGUGGUACGGAGGACCUUCUGAAAGCUUUCGAUUCCAUGUAUCUGCAACAACUCUCCUCCACCCAUUGGAGCUGUCUUAGCAAAAUCCUUUGUGCUGCUUGUACGCUAGAAAUUCCCAGCCUCGCCGACCUAACGAGUACUGCUAUUGUUAACAUGGUCGGUGAAAAGGAUACGCGUGUCAUUCUCAAGAUGUUCCACUUCGCGCGGCAGAACAUCUCUCUUGAAGAGAUGGAACAAGGGAGGGAAGAUUUACAAUAUUGGGCCAAAUUGAAGUAGUUCUCAAGUGAUGUUAAUCAAUGUUUUCAGUCGGCGGUUCGGGCCUUUGUAUUUUAUUUUUGUGAAAAAUAGGGGUGUUCACGAUUUGAUUUUUACCCGGUUAAACUGUAAACCGAACCGUUUAAAAAACCGAAAAAAACCAACGCGUUUUUGAAUU